UACACCGAGGCCAUUAAUGUUUAAUGAGGUUUGUCUCCCAAUUAAUGCGCUUUCCCGUGGGUGCCCACUCGCAGAGCGAGGCGCCCGCAGGACGACACGCCGAGGCCAUGGGUGACGAGCAAGUGCCCGAGCAGGGCCAGGACAGGUUCAGCUACGACUAUGACACCAUCCGCAACGGGGGGCUGAUCUUCGCCGUCGUGGCUUUUGUGAUCGGGCUCCUCAUCAUCCUCAGCCAGCGGUUCCACUGCGGAGGGAGGAAGAAGAGGAGACAAGGGAGUGAGGAAGAGCUGUAGGCGCAGAGCUGCAAUGCCACCGUGGAAGCGGAGCUCCAGCCGAAGCCCAGGAGUCCUGGCCAGUGGCCACCCCUCAGCCCGCUCCAGUGGAUCCAUUACCCCGCAAGGCCACAACGCAAAUUACCCUCGUGCUUCCCCCUCUCUCAGACACAUCAAGAGUUCCUUGGCUAAUAAAGUUCAAGCUCCGCGAGGUUAAACUGUGUGCCUGAGGCGUUUGAAUCGCCCACUCUCCUGGCCCGGCGCCAAUCACUUUUCUGCCCUGCUUUCCACCCCAGACCCAGGAAAGGUUCCCGCUGGCUCCUCCGCAGCCCGAGGCACGGAGCAGGCGGCUGCCUCCGCCUUGGCUUUGCUCCGGAUGUUUCUUCUCCCAACUGCAGGUCCUGGAUCCUGCGGCAUUUGCCUUUCCCUUGGGAUGCCCAGGCAGCCGCUGGCAGCACUGUGGGGCUCUUUGUGCGCGCGUGUCUGGCUGGGAUGGGGUUAAUUCUGUGCCUCGCAGCCCUGGCGGUGCUGGGUUGUGUGUUGGCAGCUAGGAAGGUGUUGGGAACACUCCAGUGCUGGCUCCUACAGCUCCCACAGCAGCAGCGCUGUCCCUUCACCAUCCCCUCAGCAGCACUCCGGGGUGGGCAGGAUCCUGGCAGGGGACACGGCCAGGACAGCCCCAAACUGGCCAAAGGGACAUUCCAGACCAGGUGACACCUGCUCGGGUACAGAACAAAAGGGAAAGGAGGAGAAAAGGGGGGUGUUGGUGAGUUACAACUUUUGCCUUGCAGAGCGAACCUGACUUGCCGGGAAGGGGCUGGGCAGCGCCUGCGGAUGGCAAGCGAAGAAUUUCAGCCUUCUGGGUUUUUUCCUUUUCUUGUGCUCACGCUCCCUCUCCUUUCACUUUAUAAACUGCCUUUAUCUUGA